AUGAUCGCGAAUAACUUAUGUGAAAAUUUUUUGAAAAUAUCGCAAGUGAAAGGCUUUGGUAAAUUCUUUUUGAACAGCGUCAUUCGUGGAAAAGAAUAUGCAGCUUCUUUUGCCGAUAAAUAUCGUAGUUCCGCAGGUAUCACCAAACGCCGAAUAGCACGGCUCCCAAGGAUAAUUGAAGCAAUAUUUCAUGCAGAAUUAAACGAAAAGUAUGUUAUGAAGAAAGAAAAAUUGUAUGAUAAUGGCUUUCCCGUUUGGAAAAGUUCUAAUAAAACGGUAGUCGAUAUAGCCCCGAAUCGUUUUAACUAUAAAAUGAAGGCUUAUGCGGAAGAAACAGGUUCGCCAUAUUGCAGUGCUGUAUUUUUAGUUCAAAGAUAA